GGCAGGUGCCGCGCCUAAUCCGUGCAAUCCCAGUCCCCUGAACCGGCGCUGCCCUCGCGCCUCUUUCUUUCUCUGUAGAGAGAGAGAAUCAGAAGUUCCGGAGAAAUGGAAAUCGGUGCAAUGAGGAGUUUGAAUGUGAAUAGGGUAUUUCCAUUUUCCAGUCCAUCGGACUUGCACACUUCAUUUGCCACUGCACAUGCCCUCCCCGCUUUCCCAUUUUGCCGUUGCCGGUUUCCAUAUUCCCCAAAGAACCCCUACAUUACACACGCCAAGAAGUGGAAUUCGCAACUCGAGCCAGUUCUGAAAGGAACUGCCACUGAAGAAGAAGAAGAAGACGAAGAAGAAGUUAAUGAGUUCGGAAAUGGGACAUUCAUGGAUGAUGAUGGUGAUUAUAUUGAGGAUGACUUUGAGGUGGAGGAUACAGAACUCUCUGUUGGAGACGGAAGUGGAAGGGGCGGGAUUCUGCUUGCUGGUACAUGGUGGGACACAAAAGCACUAGCUAUUGCUGAAGAGGUUUCUAAGUCAUUAGACGGUGACUUCAAAAUAUAUGCUUUUAAGACAUCUGCAUGUUUCACUAUUCGAGUACGCAUUGAGAAGCUUUCCAAUAAGUAUGGCUCUCCCAGUAUGAUUGAUAUUGAAGUUUUCUCAUCUGCCUAUCGAGCGCGUUUGGCUGAAGCAGAGCUGGCUGGAGCUAUACCAAAUAACAUUUCGUUGGAAGUAUCUUCUCCUGGCAUUGAAAGGCUCAUCCAAAUUCCCCAAGAGCUUGAUCGGUUCAAGGACUUGCCAAUGUAUGUGAAGUAUGUCACUGAGGUGGUUGCAAACGGGCCAUCACAGGAAAGCGAUGGUGUUUUCAAGCUUGUUUCGUUUGAUUUGGAUUCAAGACACUGCACUUGGAGUUUAGCAGAUGUGCGGAUAAACAGAGAACAGGCAGGGAAAGGAAGGCCACUGAGCAAAAAGCAAAGAGAAUGGCAGUUGCAGACCCCUUUCGAUUCCUUGCGCCUAGUUCGAUUGUAUUCUGAAUUUUGAUUUAUGCUACCCCUUUGACUGUAUCCACUAAAAUUGUAAUUUUAGCUUAUUUUCAUGAGCUGUUACCAGUGUUGGAUGAUGAAAGGAAAGCUAUACAAAAUCUGUAUGUAUGGCAAUGUUGAAGGGGCUAACUGUAUAAUACGCAUGAUUGGUGCAUCACAGAGUGGUUCUUGGGAUCU